AUGGCAUCAGUUUUACGUGUUUUGAGAGUUUUCGGAAUGGCGCCAAUUAAAUUGAUUCCUUUGCGACCAGCUCAUUCUCGCCUCACACCGUUAAAUGGAUAUCAUGUCUCUGUUUCUCGAAGCUUACGAAUUUACAGUUACAUUUUCGUCACAGUUUAUAUGAUAGCUGACUUUAUGAGAGUUGUACAUUUAGAAAAUUAUGGAUAUCUAGGGCAAAUGAAAGGAUUGCGGACUGUGGUUUGGAUAAUGAUAUAUUUCGCUAAAGGACUUUUUUAUCCUAUAAUAAUAUCUUUGGGUACUCUCAAAGGAUACAGUAGGAUGAAGAACUUAGUGGAGUACGUAAAUACUUUAGAAAAAAUGCGCUAUGUUGAUUUUGCUGAUAGAACCGUGCCAUCAGACUUGCAAGCAGUUUCAGAUGAUGCGUGUUUUAGUCAGUCGCCUGUUAUGUAUAUCAAC